AUGGCGUAUGCUAUGUCGCAGAAGCCCUUAGUCGUAGCGAACGCAUGGGCUAUGCACAAGGACCUCUCGGUCGAUCGCCCUGACAUCAUCUCGUUCGGCUUCCGGGAGGUCAUCGACAUCGAGUCGCGCAAGGUGGCGGCGAAAACAGUGCUCCCCGGUUACAAGAAGAAGGGCGAGUACGGCCGCCUCUCCAAGAAGUUCGCGAUGCUCGCCGACUGCCCGUACACAGUUAUUCACACGGAGAGUCUCGUCGGGUCGUUUACCUGUAUCUUCGCGAAGAACACGGAGAAGGUCGGUUUGAAGGAUAUCGCGGUUGCGUCGAUCAAGCGAGGGAUGGGUGGGCGGUAUGGUAACAAGGGCGGCAUCGUAUCCCGCUUCGUGAUCGAUGACACAAUGCUUGAGGAGAAGGAUGUCCUCUCCGCUGCUCGCGUGUUUGAGGGUCCCAUCACAAACGUCGAUGAAUCUAUGGUGCUCGAUCACGAGACUGGCCUCCCCGUCAUCGCUGCCAUGCACUCGGGCGAUUGGGAAGCCCUGCUCGCUCACGAUCGGCUCGCGAAGGAAAUGCGGUUCACUCGCGACUUCCGCUUCCGCUCAUUCAGCGAGGGCGCGCUCACGUUUGCACCAACGUACCGGUACAGAGGCGGAUCAGACGAGUUCGACACCUCGGAGAAACGGCGAGUGCCCGCCUGGUGCGAUCACGUGCUCUGGCGCUCUCGUGUGCCCGAACGCUUCAUGCAGACGCACUACUGUCGCCGGGAACCUAGCAUCAGCGACCACCGGCCCAUCAGUGCGGGCUUCGUUAUCACAGGAGGGCGGAAACUCCCUAUCGGCCAUAUCCGCCGAUAGCGCCCCGGAGGGGCCUGACAGAGGCCUAGCCAUGUCCGCAUGGAUAGCGCCGCAGGCGCGCUCCAGCGUGAAUCAUCGCCGCGAUAGCGCCCGAUAGCGCCCGAUAGCGCCCGGAGGGGGUCCCGGAGGGCUAGGUCAGGUCACGAUUUUGGCGUAGACAUAGUGCCCGAACACCCCUUUGAGUGUUGACUUGCUUGCUGAAGGAAUUAGACGACGUGUAUAUGAACAUCUAAGC